AUGAAGCUCCUAGUGGUGCUUAUUUCCCUCGUAGCACUGUGUGCUGGAGGCAGAAUUUCAUCUACGCCAGGUGAUAAUAGCCAUUAUGUAGAAGGAGUUAGCCGCUACAUUUGGAUGCCCGAUGGUGACGGCGUCCCACAUAUCGUUGACUUACAUGCACCAGCUUCGGACGCUGUAAGUCUUAAUGGAGCUAAUAAUGAAUAUUGGCUCUAUACAAGACGCAAUCCUCACAGCCAACAACUGUUAAGGCACAAUGACCUUAACUCUGUCCGAAAUUCUAAUUUUAAUGCUAACAGACCCAUCAAAGUAGUAGUCCACGGUUGGAACAGCAAAGGGACCUCAAAAAUGAAUCCACAAAUUCGGGAUGCCUUGCUGCAAAUCGAUGAUUUUAAUGUUAUAAUCGUUGACUGGCGUAGGGCAGCUAUGGGCACAUACACAACAUCAGUGCGGGCUGUCCCCAGCGUUGGCCAACAUCUCGGACAAUUCCUGCAGUGGCUGAUAAAUAAUUUCGGUGGUAACUGGAACAAUGUACAUCUGGUUGGAUUCAGUUUGGGAGCUCACGUUAUUGGUAACGCAGGCAGGACUGUAAAUGGUCGAAUUGGACGUUUGACAGGUCUUGACCCUGCUGGUCCUCAGUGGGGUAGAAACUCGAAUGCUCUUAGAAGAAGCGAUGGCGUUUACGUAGAAUCCAUCCACACUGACGGAGGCCUGUUGGGUAUUUUCGAUCCAAUUUCCGACGCUGAUUUCUACCCGAAUGGUGGAAGAAACCGUCAACCUGGCUGCUUGGUCAGCACGUGCUCUCACAGCCGAGCUUACGAGUUGUUUGCUGCUAGUGUUGUAUACAGAACCCGUUUCAAUGGACAACGAUGCGAUAACCUUAACGACGCUCAGAGAAACCGAUGCUCCGGGACCACGCUGCGUAUGGGUAACGCUGAUCUAAAUAAGCGAGGAUCUGGACUCUAUGGACUCAGCACUGGAUCAAAUUGGCCUUUCUAA